AUGGCUUCCCUCUCCUCUCCCACCGCCGCCGCCCGCCGGCAAGAUUCCCCCCUCCUACCCUUCGUCGGCCUCCGUCGAUCACCUUCCGAUAACUGCAUGCCGACGUCCCGAAAUGCCGUUUCCUCCCGUCGCCGCCUGCAGAUCUGCGCCGCCAAGUCCAGCCCCCGCCUCCCCGGCCGCCCCCUCCGCGUGGCGGUGGUGGGAGGCGGCCCGGCUGGCGGUGCCGCCGCCGAGAGCCUCGCCAAGGGCGGCGUGGAAACGAUCCUCAUCGAGCGCAAGCUCGACAACUGCAAGCCCUGCGGCGGCGCGAUCCCCCUCUGCAUGGUGGAAGAAUUCGACCUCCCCCUCGAGCUGAUCGACCGGCGAGUCACCAAGAUGAAGAUGAUCUCCCCCUCCAACGUCGCCGUCGACAUCGGCCGCACCCUCAAGCCCCACGAGUUCAUCGGCAUGGUCCGCCGCGAGGUCCUCGACGCCUACCUCCGCGACCGCGCCGCCGAAGCCGGCGCCCAAGUCAUCAAUGGCCUCUUCCUCCACCUCGACCCGCCGGAGUCCGGCGAGGGGCCCUACCGCCUGCACUACAACCUCUACGACAGGGGCAGACCCUCCGCCGCCGGCGAUCGCCAGACAGUCGAGGUCGACGCCGUCGUCGGCGCCGACGGCGCCAACUCCCGCGUCGCCAAGUCCAUCGGCGCCGGCGACUACGACUACGCCAUCGCAUUCCAGGAAAGAGUGAAGAUACCGGAGGAGAAGAUGAAGUACUACGAGGAGAGGGCGGAGAUGUACGUCGGGGACGACGUUUCGCCGGACUUCUAUGGGUGGGUGUUCCCCAAGUGCGACCAUGUGGCGGUGGGGACAGGGACGGUAACGCAUAAGGGGGAGAUCAAGCGGUUCCAAGCAGCGACAAGGCUGCGGGCAAGGGACAAGAUCGAGGGUGGGAAGAUCAUCCGGGUGGAGGCACACCCAAUCCCGGAGCACCCGCGGCCUCGCAGGGUGUUGGGACGAGUGGCACUCAUCGGCGAUGCAGCUGGGUAUGUGACCAAGUGCUCCGGCGAGGGGAUCUACUUCGCUGCAAAGAGUGGGAGGAUGUGCGCCGAAGCCAUAGUGGCAGGCUCAGAAAGUGGCACCCGGAUGAUUGACGAGAGCGACUUGAGGAAGUACCUGAAGAAAUUUGAUCAGAUGUAUUGGCCAACUUACAAGGUCCUGGACGUGCUGCAGAAGGUCUUCUACCGCUCCAACUCGGCGAGGGAGGCCUUUGUGGAGAUGUGUGCAGACGAAUAUGUGCAAAAGAUGACAUUCGACAGCUACUUGUACAAGAGGGUCGUGCCUGGGAACCCCAUGGAGGAUCUUAAGCUUGCAGUGAACACAAUUGGAAGCCUGGUGAGGGCCAGUGCAUUGAAGAGAGAGAUGAACAAGAUCACCUUGUAAGCUCGAUCGACAUAAGAAAUGAGGUUACUUUAAUCAUACCAAGGUAGCUUUGCCAAGUCAAGUUAGGGAUGAUUCCGGCGUAUCGUAUCGGCAUUGGCUAGCUGGAAAGACACAGCAUUCUUGUAGUACUUUUCGAAAUGCUUAAUUUGUUUACUGGCAUUGAAGGUGCGAAGUGGUUUUAGUGUUACUGUAACUUCAAUCCCUUGUAACAUAAGGUUACACUCGAUUGAUUCUUAUUCAUCUCUUGGGCAAAUUGAGGUGCUUUUAUCUCUA